AUGCUCCCCAGCCCCGCCACCUCCACCCCCUUCUCGGUCAAGGACAUCCUCCGGCGGGAGCAGCAGCGUCUAGAAGCUCCCUUCCAGGCUUCUUUCUUCCCCGUCGCCGCCUUCCUCCAGGGCUGCCGCUUCUCCGACGGGGAGGACGACGAGGACGACGAGGAGGAGAGGCUGCCCUUCCUGAGCUGCCCCAUGGCGGGACCCCCGGACAAGGCCCCCAGCCACGGGAGCUUCGCGCAGGCCUCGGAGGACGAGGGAGAGGCCAAGGCGACGGAGCCCGGGGUCGGGAAGGACCCUUCGGAGGCGGAGGCCGAGGCGGCGGAGCGUCGCAAGGCUCGUGGGCGCCGGAAGCCGCGCGUGCUCUUCUCGCAGGCGCAGGUCUUCGAGCUGGAGCGGCGCUUCCAGCAGCAGCGCUACCUCUCGGCGCCGGAAAGGGAGCUCCUGGCCGGCAGCCUCAAGCUCACCUCCACGCAGGUCAAGAUCUGGUUCCAGAACCGGCGCUACAAGUGCAAGCGGCAGCGGCAGGACAGAGCUCUGGAGAUGGGAGGCGCGCAGCCCCCGCCGCCGCCUUCGUCCUCUUCCUCCUCCUCCUCCUCGCAGCCACAGCAGCCCUCGCCUUUGUCGCCGUUGGCUCCGCUGCCUCCCCGCCGCGUGGCCGUCCCGGUUCUGGUGCGCGACGGCAAGCCCUGCCUGGGCGGCAGCGGCUCCUCGCAGAGCUACGGCGCGCCUUACCACGCCGCGGCCUCUUAUCCCUACAGCGGCUUUCCUGGAUACGCCUAUGGAGGAGCCACCGCCGCCUAUGGAGGAGGGGGAUAUAGCUGCAGUUACCCCUCCGGAGGAGGAGGAGGGGGCGGAGGAGGAGGGGGGCCCUCGGUGCAGGCGCCCACGGGUGCAGGCGCCUACGUGAACAUGGCAGGCUUCUCCUCCGGCGGCGCCCAGCCCUUGCACCAGGGCCCUGCGGGGCCUCCCUGCGGCCAAGGCAUCCGAGCCUGGUAGCCCGCCAUCCGGGCCAAGGGGGACCCUUUUGGAAGGCAGAGAGAGAGACAGAGAAAGAGGGGCCUGGAGGAGCAAGGCCCCCCACCAAUGCCGGAUUGACCAUUCUGCUCUUCUUCUUUCGUGUCAGGAACGACUUGAGAAACUGCAAGUCGCUUCUGGUGUGAGAGAAUUGGCUGUCUUCAAGGACCUUGCCCAGAGGACGCUCAGAUCUUUUACCAUCCUUAUGAGAGGCUUCUCUCAUGUCCCCGCAGACGGGAGCUCAUUCGCUCCCCUUUUGGUCAGCAGUUCUGUCAGUAAAAUAAGGUAAAGGUUUUCCCCUGACAUGAAGGCCAGUCGUAUUCGAUUCUGGGGUGUGGUGCUCAUCUCCAUUUCUAAGCCGAAGAGCCGGCGUUGUCCGUAGACACCUCCAAGGUCAUGUGGCCGGCAUGACUGCCUGGAGCAACCCAUUGCACUCGCCUUAGCUGGUGCGAUUCCAAAUUGGAAAGCGUUCUGGUUCCAGUGAUUCCAGACACAAUGAUAGAGCUGAUAGUCUAUGGGAGUGUGCCACAAAGCAGGCAGGGUAGGCCUAAGGGCCCCACUUCUUUCAGGGCCCAAGGGGCCUCAUAACUUAACCAUCAUAGGGCCCCCCAUUUGUCCUAAAUCCGGCAAAGGAUGACCCACAGGAGGACGCUUCUUGGGUCUGGGCUGCUUUCUCCCCAUGACUUUCCAUGUAGGAAGACUUCUCCUAGCCCAGCAAAGGGAAGGAAGCUGACUCGGAAGGAAAAGGCCAAAGGAUGACCCACUGGAGGACACUUCCUGGGCCUGGGCUUCUUUCUCCCCAUGACUUUCCUUGGAGGGAGACUUCUCCCAACCCCUU